AUGUCGCAUAACCGUGAAGGUUCCCGCGAUCGGGAGCUGGUCCUCCACAGACACCAGACGGUGCCCAUGUGGGAUAGUUCUGACCCGGAGCGCGCACCGCCGCCGUUACCCAUGAACCCCGGCUCGACUAGCCCUAUAACAAAGGGAAAUGUCUCUCCAGGUAUCCAAGCAGUGGCAGCCAACUUCACAGAAAAGAUGCGCGAGAACUCUCCUAGUCCAUACACCACAAACCCCAUGACGCCCAAGUCACCCGAGAAGUCCCUCAUUAAGGGCCAAUUCCACAAGCGCAUGCAAUCGCUGCAAAACACAGACACGCGCUCAGAGUUCUUAAAUUAUCUCGAAAGCAGGUCGCCAGAGCGCCCCCUGCGCGCAUCAUUUUCCGAACAAAGCUCAAAGCCGCCUGAGAAGGCUGUCAAAGCUGAGACUCCGCCGGAUCAGCAGAGCUCUGAAGAGCUUCCAAACCUACUUAUCUCUAACCGUUACCUUUCCAGGCCGCUCUUUGGCGAAAGCACUCCUCCCUCUGCCACAAUGCUCGCUUUACAGAACAUGCAACUACCACCUGAAGAAGCGCCGAGGGCCAGCGGGCCCGAAUCAUCCUCGGAGCCCAAAUCCUCCCAACCCAACAGCUUCGACUUCCUGUCAAAUCAGAUCCUCAGUCUCACAGACAUUGCCAGCAGUCUUCAGCGCGAGAUGGCGCAACUAAGUCGACGAAGCAAAGAUAACGCUACGGAUUUGAUUAGCCUCAAAGCUGCGACUAACGCCCGGGAUGAAGACAUUCGAAAAAGCCUUCGUGAUCUGUCCUCGAACUUAGCUGCCAAGUUUCUGGAUUCUGAUGCUGCCACAAGGUGGGAUCUCAGUGCUCUCCUGGGUUCUGAAAAUGCUAUUAACCAGACGGAACCGGAUAGUUCUCCAAACUCAAAGAAGAGUUACUCUGUCCCGAGAAUGCACAGCCCUAACCCCUAUCCAAUGGAGCGCGAAUUCUGCGCUUCCCCCGGUCCCAUGACAGACGGAACCGCCAAUAUCGCGUUGUUGGAAAAGGUAUUGCGUGAGAUGGCAACGAAGGAAGGCCAGGAAAAACUUCUCGAGCUUAUGGACGAACUAAAAUCCCGCCCUGCCUCCGACGAUUCCAGCAAGAAUGUCGAUAACUCGAUGACCGAGAUGUUGGAGGAAAUUCUGAACAUCGUGAAGCAAGCCUCGGGAGCGGGGGCCCUUGUGCGAUCCGUCAAUCCGGAGCAAGAUACUGAGCACGACAUGGAAGUAAUCCGCCAGCAGCAAACUGCUGUCACAGAUGAAAUGCUGGAAAUCAUGAAGCGCGUGAGAAGCAGCGUUAUUGAAGGUGGUGGUAUGACAAACGAGGUAAAACAUCUUGUGCGUGAACUCCGUGGUGAAGUGCUGGGGAUGGGUCGAAAUAUCGCCAGCAGGCUGGAAGACGCUGAGCGCUCUCGCGCAAUUGAGGAUACGCCCAAGGGACCCGGCCCCGAGGAAAUCGCCCAGAUCGUCGAAGACAGCCUGCAAGAACUUCGGGAUCAACUGGCCGCAAUUAUGGACGAGAACAAACAACAUUCCGCAGCUCUUGGCGAGUUCCGAGCCGCUAUGGACAGCGCCCAGAUAUCUUCCGUUGUCAAGAAAGCUUUGGAUGAGUGUGGCAUGGCAGAGCUCCGUGAGAGACCAGAAGGCGCUAGGAUGGAAAAGGACGACAUUCUCGAAGCUGUCAGAGAAGCCUGGGAGACGUACAAGCCUGAAAUCGAACUCCAGAAUUUUGGGCUUGAGCGUGAUGAGAUUCUCGAGUGCCUCUCGGAGGGUCUCAAAGCGUACCAGCCACAGCAUGAGCAAGCUGCUACGUACGACCAGGUUUUAGCGGCUGUCCAGGCAGGCGUGCAGCAAUUUGAACAGCCUCCGGCAAUCACGAGGGAGGAAAUCAUCCAGGUAAUCAAUGAAUCCAUCGAGAAUGCCGAACCUAGGUCCUUGGACGGCGAGCAGCUGGCUGCUCUCCGAGACGAAAUUCUCAAUGCUGUCACCGAGUCUAUCACCACCCAAACCACGUUGAAAAAGGACGAAAUUAUCCAAGGGAUUCAAGGUAGCCUGGAAAAUGCUGAACCCCGUUCCUUAGACGGUGAACAGCUCGCUGCUCUUCGCGACGAGAUCCUCAAUGCAGUCAGCGAGUCCAUCACAACUCAAACCGCUCUAACGAAAGACGAAAUUGUCGAGGGAAUCAAAGGUUGUCUUGAGGCUGCCCAGAACCGUUCCUUAGACGAGGGUCAACUGGCAGCCAUCCGAGAUGAAGUGCUCCACGCUGUCACUGAAUCCAUGACUUCUCAAAGCGCACUCACGAGGGAUUCUUUUGACUCGGGUCUCGGACGCGAUGAAAUCUUGAGUGCAGUAUCCGACGGCAUCGAGGCGCACAUGCUCGCCGCAAAAGAGCUCAACCAUGCAGGCAUCACAAAAGAGGACGUCACCAACAUAGUCAAUCAGGCGUUCUCCGCACAACAAUCUGCCCUCACCACUACAGAUACUCCGCCUGUCCCUUCCCGCGAUGAAAUCCUCCAAGCCAUUGCGGAAGGCCUUGAAAGUCAGAAUUCGAUUCCCCGUGAGAUCGAGCUCAACAAGGAGGACCUCAUGGAAGCCAUCACUGCAGGUCUCAACGAGGUGACCGCAAACGCGAAUCAAGGCCUAACCGACCAAAUCCUCGAGCGUCUUCAGGAGCAACUCGAGAGCCUCAAGGAAGAGGUCAAGCAACGACCCGCUGCCACUGAUGCGAACCUGGAGGAGAUUCUGAAUACCAUCAAAGACAGCAUUGCACUGGUUCGUCAAGAUGUCGAAGGGUUUGCCACGACUGCAUCGGACGCAUCUGGUAAAUAUGAAAUCCUGGACACGGUCAAGGAAGGCUUCCGCCUGCUCCAGGCAGAUCUCGAGAAGACAAUCACGGAGAACGCCCUUGUGGCCCACGCUGGGGGCAACCCCGACACUCCCGAGCUCCUAGAUGCCAUGGAAAAGGAAUUUGAGCAUCUUCGUCAGACAUUGAGUUCCGUGCUCCGAAGCAAUCCAGCAUCCCACAAAGAGGAAAUCCUUGACGCCAUCCGAGACAUUUCAGAGAACCAUAAACCCGCGAAUCAGGAAAACGUUGCUGAAGUCAUCCAGCGAGAGUUCGAAAGCAUUCGAGAGUCUCUUACAAUGAGUCUCGUGCCAGCCGGACCAAAGAGCGACAAAGAGGAGAUUGUGGCAGCCGUACAAGCUACCCUGGAUGCUUUCCACGAGAAGAGCCAUGCUAGGGAUGUUCCUGACAAAGACGAAAUCCUUGCUGCAAUUCAAGCCACCAUGGAAACUUUCCACGAGGAAAAUUCUCAGGCUAGGGAUGCUCCUGUUCCUGAUAAAGAUGAGAUCAUUGCUGCCGUUCAAGCUGCCAUGGAGACUCUCCACGAAAAGGCUCGGGAAACGCCUGCUUCCGACAAAGACGAAAUCAUUGCCGCAGUCCAAGCCACUAUCGAGGCCUUCCACGAAAAAAGUCAACCGAAGGAUGUCGCGGCCUUUGAUAAAGAUGAGAUCAUUGCUGCCAUCCAAGCCACCAUGGAGACUUUCCACGAGAAAGGUGAGACUAAGGAGACGCCUGUUGUUGAUAAAGACGAAAUCAUUGCCGCCGUCCAAGCCACCAUGGAAGCUUUUCACGAGAAGAGUCAACCCAAGGAUUUUCCUGUUCUUGACAAAGAUGAGAUCAUCGCCGCUGUUCAAGUCACCAUGGAGACAUUCCAUGAGGAGAAAGCUCAGGGUAAGGAAGUCCCUGACAAAGACGAGAUUAUUUCUGCCGUUCGAGCCACUUUAGAGACUUUCCAUGACGAGAAGGUUCAGUCAGCAGAGCCAAAGAGUGACAAGGACGACAUCGUUGCCGCUAUGAGAGCUACUUUGGAAGCAUUUCACGAGGAGAAAGAACAGGCUAAGGAUCCUCUUGACAAGGACGACAUCAUCGCUGCCAUUCGAGCCACUCUCGAAAGCUUCCAUGAAGAGAAGAACCAAGCUCUUGUGCCGGCAGAGCCAAAGAAUGAUACAGACAACAUUGCUGCUGCGGUUAGAGCUGCCCUGGAAACCUUCCAUGAGGAGAAAGGUCAAACUAAAGAGCCCCUUGAUAAAGACGACAUCCUAGCGGCCGUACAAGCCAGCCUGGAGACUUUCCACGAAGAGAAAGGCCAAGCCAAAGAUAGUGUUGACAAAGAUGACAUUAUCGCCGCCAUUCAAGCAACACUUGAGGCCUUCCACGAGGAGAAGGGCAAAGCGGAGGAUGGAGUGGAAAAAGAGGAAAUCCUCAGCGCUAUCAGGGAGAUCUUAGAAAGCCACAAAGCAAGCAGCGACGAAAACAUCUCCGGCAUUGUUAAGCAGGAGUUCGAAAACCUGCGCGAUUCUUUGACCAUGAGUCUUGUGCCCGCGGAACUAAAGAACGACAAAGACGACAUCCUCGCUGCUGUCCACGCAGCCCUAGAAUCCUUUCACGCAGAGAAAAGCGAAGCCAAAGACGGCGCCGAGAGUCUUUCCACAACAGAGCUCCGAGACGCAUUCCACGACGGCGUUGGUAUUAUCAAGGAAGAUCUAACAAAGCUCCUCGAGAGACCCGCCGACCAUUCAGAGCUUCUUGAAACGUUAAAGGAAGGCCUGAGUGGCCUGAAAGCAGAGCUGGAAACGAUGCGACAAGCUCAGGCCGAAUUGCAGGAAAAUGAAAGCUCCAGAGGAAAGGAAUUGAUGAUUGCCAAUGAGGCCAGUAAGACUAACGACCUUGAAGGUCUCAAAGCCCUCAUCUCCCAGAUCCAAACCAAGGUCGAUGCUAUCGAAGCUGCUCCACGAACUCCGGAUCUUCCCGAGGACAUGCUGAAGAAGGAGCACAUGGAGGAAGUUCUUCUAGGCCUCCACGAGCUUCAGAGCUCCGUGACCGAGAUCGCGUCUCGUGAGAAGCCUGCGGACGACACGACAGCCAAAAAGGAGGAUACAGACGUCAUUGAGACACUCCUUCGAAACACCAAGUCCCAGCUCGACGAGAUGGUAUUCCCUGCGCCUGAUGAGAUUGCACGGGCGGAACAACUAGGAAGUCUGGAAGAGAUGGUCAAGGAGACCAAGGAUGUUGUGGCCGAAAUCUACGGCCGUCUUGAAGCCGAAGUCCCUACCAAAGCUGAGAUUGGUACCCUGGAAACAUUGUUGAAGGAUAUGUGGAUCGCCCUCGACGAGUCGAAACCCAAAGAAGGCGAAAAGGAAGGGGAAGAAGACGCGGAGAAGGAAGGUGAGAAAGAGGCUGAAACCGACACCGAGAAACUGGUCAAGUCAGAUUUGCAGACAGUUGAGGCUAUGAUCUUCGAAGUCAAAACUCAGGUUGAAGAGCUCAAGCUUCCCGAUAUUGAGACCCUCCCAACGAAAAGCGAGAUCCAAGACAUUGCCGCUCUCGUCACCGAGUUCAAGGAAAAGGUGGAAGCUGAUCAAGAGCUGACCGGCCAAGGAUUCGAAGCACGAAAAAUCGAGCACGCCGGGUUAGCUGAAAAGAUCGAUGAAGCAAAAACUGUCGUCGAGGGGCUUGGAGAAGAGCUCAAAAGCAAGCUUGACGGCAGCCACGAGGGUCUCUCAGAGCUUAAGCAGCUUUUAGAAGGAUUGGCUGCUUCUUCGGAGAGCUUUACCACGGUUGAAAACGUCAAGGAGCUUACUGAACUCAUAAACCGUGAAUUUGAACGCGCACGUGGUGAACAAGACGCCGCCAAGCUCGAGAACGAGGAGCGAGACGCCGCUGCCGUUGUCAAGCACGAUGAGACAAAAGUCGCCAUCAUUGUUGAACUCGGCGCCAAAAUUGAUGAGAAGCUUGGUGAAGUGAUAGCCAAGUAUGACGAGGCCCAGUCUUUGAUUGAUACCAAGUUCACCGAAGCUGCGGAGCGCGGAAAUUCGCAGCUCGAGGCAGUCACGGAUACAAAGUCUCUGGCGGAAGAUAUCAAGCUUGUCAUUGGGUCUAUGGGUGACAGUGUCAACGAGGCAUGCGAGCGCAUGAGCGCCGAUGCGAAGACGGUCCUGGAGAAGGUCGACGUCUCGUAUAACAAGAUGGAGGAGAUUCAUAAUGAGGUGAAAACACAGCAAGAGCUAUCUCGAUCUGAUGUUGAACGGGCGGCUGCUGCCACGGAGCGUGUUGAGAACAAGUUGCACGAGUUCCACCCUCAGGUUUUGGAGUCUAUCCAGGAGAUCCUCUCUAUUGUUGGCCAACACUACAACCAUGCGCAACAAACUGCACAGGACGUUAAGAUGGAGCUAUCUGUCAUUCCAGCCGCUAUGACAAAGAUGUUGCCCGCUUUGCCACCUCCUGAGCCGGAGAAGUACGAUGACAGCCAGGUGCACGAGAAGCUAAACAACCUCCUUGAACAUUCAAAGGGCAACCAGGUUCAGGAGACACUCAACACUCUGAUUGAACGGGUAACCAACGACCAGGUACACGAAAAGCUCGAUCAGCUUCUGGGCAAGACGACGAGCACCAACGGUGAGAUUUACGAGAAGCUGAAUGAACUGCUCGAGCAUGCAACAAACUCCAACGGACCCAUCCACGAAAAACUCGACACGCUCAUCGGUCAUGCCACCAACAAGGAACAGUCAGUCAACCAGAUGAUGAAGCUCGAUGAGAUGCACAAAGAUAUUAUGGAGACUUCACGCAAGAUGAACGAGAUGAUGGUGGCUCAAUCAGCUCUUAUCGCUGAGGAUACUGAACGCAGACGCAAGGAGGCUGAAGAGGCCGCCAUUGCCCUAGAGCGCAGGACCGCACAGCGAGAGCAGAUUGAGGCCGAAAUCCUCAAUCUCAAAGAUGAGAAAGAUUCGAUGCUGGCAAUGAUGCAGAGGCUCAAGACUGAGAAAGACGAACUUGCUGCUCAGAGUGCCAAGCUUCACAAAGAAGUCUCUGCUCUAGAGACGGCACUUGAACUGCGCCACGAAGAGAUGCAGGUCAUGGAAGAGCGUGCCGACAGUCUAGAGAAACGUAUCCUGGAAGGUGUUCUUGACCACGCUCGUACUGUUCUUCUGAAUCGUCCCAGCAGCGUACAUGGCCUGAACAUGAAGAAGGUACGUAGCGCAAGGGGCCGCAACGUCAGUGCUUCGAGCACUGCAAGCACAGCCAAGGAUGUCCGCAGUGCCCUUGGGAAUAGCAUCGGUUUGGCGUUGAAGAAACGAGCUCCGCCGGCGUCGCAAGCAGGAUCCAUCGUUCCCUCCACCGCGAGCAAGGAAAGGAGAAUUCUCAGUCUCAGUCACGUUACGGGUAACCGUGGAUUAGCGGACAGACAGUCAGGCUCAACCGGCGGUCUUGCGAACUUGAAGCGGAGCCAGUCGGUCAAGUCCAACUAUUCUUACCGCAAACAUUCGUGGGGCGGUAGGAGUUCUGUGGCCAACAAAGAGAAUGAAGUCUUUCCCGAAGAAGACGAGAGCGGAGAGGAGAGUGAUGCGGGUACGGAGCGGAGGACGAGCUACACGGGAACCUAUGCAGAUAGCAUGACAUACGGCACUGGAAGCGUAAUCUCCACGAACCGGCAGGUUAGUACCGCCAGUACCAGGAACCUGGAGUCUGUUGCAGAUGAGGGAGAAGAGGAGGAUCAAGCAACGGAGAAAGACGAAAACGAGGAUCCACAUAUCGAGGAUGAGACUCUCGAGGCCAAAAAGGAUGAGCCCGAGGCUCACUCGGAGCAGCCCUUGGAGGAACUCGAUGAAGAGACGUCGAAAAUGGUGCUCUACGGACACCCUGCCGACAGCGGGCUCGGUUCGGAGAUCACGAGUGCAGCGGGCUGA